GCAGAAAUGGAGUUUCGAGUGUAUGAAGGCGAAGAAGACGCAUAUUGGUGGUUAAUUUGCAUCGAUAAAUAUUUUGCUGCGAAGAAUACACCAGAGACGGAGAAGUUGGCAGAAGUCGUGACUGUGUUGCGUGGAUGUGCUCAUCAAUGGUGGUUUUGGUGGCACCACCGUCAUCCACAUGCAAGUUGGCAAUCAUUCGUCACUGCCUUUUUGUGGCAUUUUAAACCAGAAUAUCGAGACAUCUUGCCUAUACCUGACGAAGAAGAGGAGCAUGAUAUUCAAUCGAUGUCGUUGACGGUUCAAGGUUCAUUUGAUGUUCAACAAGGGACUAACCCAGGGAAUAAUGUUCAGAUUGAGAUGGAAAAAGACAUGGAAAAAAUUCAGUCAGAAAAUGAAGGAAAAAGAAAUGAAGGGUCCAUGGCAGAACCAUUGAAAGAGUGUUUGAAGGAGACAAGAGAAAUUUCAGAUAUAGAAGGGAAAAUGGCGGUUAUAGAUCAAGAUGUCAAAGAAGAAGUCAAGGUUGAGGAUGCAGAAAAGAUGAAGGAGUUCCUCGCUGUGAACCAUAGUGUUCGCCCUAUAAUCGUUGCCUUGCCGAGUCCUUUCUCCACGAUCAUUUCAGGAUCCUGCUGUUGGGAUUCCAACAACCAUUUUGAGGAGGGUGGCCAAGGUCUUUUGAUGGAGAAAGGGGGGGGGAGUAUCGUUAGAUAUAGGACUCCUAAGGCCAUAAGUUAUAGAAUAUUAGUUGUUUAUUUAAUAUAUUAAUUAGUAACUGUUACAUAGUAACUGCUAUUUGCAGAACUUCUAUGUUUAGUAUUAUAAAUAAAGAUGCAGAGGAAAAGGGAGGGCAUUGGGUAGUUUGUAUGUGGGUUGGUUUGGGAGAGACUAGGCUCUCUAAUUCCUAGAGGUUGGUUACUUUUCUGCAGUUACUUUC